ACAAUAUUAAUGCUCCAGAGACAGAUGUGAGCGGUGAUGAGCAGUAUAAGGAGGACAUUCCGACAGGAAAAGAUCUGAACAAUAUUAAUGCUACAGAUAUGAAGGAAGAAGAGACAGAUGUGAGCUGUGAUGAGCAGUAUAAGGAGGUUAUUCCGACAGGAAAAGAUCUGAACAAUAUUAAUGCUACAGAUAGGGAGGAAGAAGAAGAGACUGAUGUGAGCGAUGAUGAGCAGUAUAAGGAGGACGUUCCUACAGGAAAAGAUCUGAACAAUAUUAAUGCUACAGAUAUAAAGGAAGAAGAAGAAACAGAUGUGAGCGGUGAUGAGCAGUAUAAGCAGGACAUUCCUACAGGUAACCGCCCAGAUUCUUGUAGCAGGAGAUCAGAGGAGAAUCUUCUAUCUUCAGAUUAUAAAGCAGAUGAUGAUAUCACACAAGAUACAUAUGAAGAACAUUCCAUUAUCCCAGAUACACCCUCAGCCCUUCACAGCCAAGAUCUGUCAUCUCAUCCUUAUAUACAGGUCCUGUCUUCUCAGUCAUCACAGGAUGUUCAGCAAAAUAAAGGUCACAGAAGGGGUGUUGGACAUCAACGAGCUCAUACAGGAAAGAAACCAUAUUCAUGCUCAGAAUGUGGGAAAUGUUUUACUUUUAAAUCAGGUAUUGUUACACAUCAGAGAUAUCACACAGAAGAGAAGCCAUUUUCAUGUUCAGAAUGUGGAAAAUGUUUUAAUAAGAAAUCACAUCUUGUUCAGCAUCACAGAACUCACACAGGGGAGAAGCCAUUUUUAUGUUCGGAAUGUGGGAAAUGUUUUACUCAGCAAUCACAUCUUGUUACACAUCAGCGAUAUCACACAGGAGAGAAGCCAUUUUCAUGUUCAGAAUGUGGAAAAUGUUUUAUUAAUAAAUCAGAUCUUGUAGUACAUCACAGAACUCACACAAGAAAGAAGCCCUUUUCAUGUUCAGAAUGUGGAAAAUGUUUUACUACGAAAUCAAAUCUUGUUGGCCAUCACAGAACUCACACAGGGGAGAAGCCAUUUUCAUGUUCAGAAUGUGGAAAAUGUUUUACUAAGAAAUCACAUCUUUUUGAACAUCACAGAACUCACACAGGGGAGAAGCCAUUUUCAUGUCCAGAAUGUGGGAAUUGUUUUGCUAAGAAAUCAGUUCUUGUUAGGCAUCAAAGAACUCACAAAGGCAAGAAGCCAUUUUUAUGUACAGAAUGUGGAAAAUGUUUUACUAAGAAAUCACAUCUUAUUGUACAUCACAGAACUCACACAAGAAAGAAGCCAUUUUCAUGUUCAGAAUGUGGAAAAUGUUUUACUAAGAAAUCAAAUCUUGUUGAACAUCACAUAACUCACACAGAGAAGCCAUUUUCAUGUCCAGAAUGUGGGAAAUGUUUUGCUAAAAAAUCAGAUCUUGUUAGGCAUCAAAUAACUUGCAAAGACAAGAAGCCAUUUUCAUACUUUCGGCUCCAGGUGUUGCCAUGCCUCCCAAAGUCAAUGCCUGAAAAUCUAUCGGGGGGGAGUGAUGCUCCACAUAAUACAAGAAUGGAUAAAUUCCUGAAGUCCCCACUUGAUAAUAUCAAAACUAGGAAUCAAAAACAAGUGGGACAAGAACAAGAACAUCAUAAUACUAUGAGUGGAUCAAGAUUUACUAUAUUACAGUCAGGAGAUGACUUGCCAGAGGUGGAAGGGGGGAAUCUAGACUCACAGGUUCUGAAAUCUAUUAUGAAUGGGGUUGAAAAAUUUAAUAAGUCACUGGAGGACCUAACAUCACAAAUGGGCGCUUUAAGUGCGGAGGUCUCCUUUAUAAGAGAAGACACCAACAAGAUUAAAGAUAGAGUUAAGCAGAUAGAAAAAGCAGUUCCACGUAUGGAAAAAGAGCUGGGCGAGAUGCGAAAGGAGCGGGAAGUUCUGAAAGACGAUAACAAAUAUUUCAGAGAAAAGCUGGCAGACUUAGAGGACAGAUCAAGACGUAAUAAUGUAAGAAUUGUGGGGAUCCCGAAGGGUGAAGAAGGGGAAAACCCAACAUCCUACAUUGAAAAAUGGUUGAAGGAGGUUGCUGGGGAAUCCCUACUCACAAAUUUAUUUCAUGUCGAGAGGGCCCACAGAAUCCCCAUGAAAAAGCCUGCUCCGGGUCUCUUGCCAAGAACGCUCUUGGUCAAAUUAUUAUGCUCUCAAGAUAGAGACUGCCUUCUGAAAUUGUCAAGAGAAAAGGGAGCAAUCCCAGUCGGCAACUCUAGGGUGUUCAUGUACCCUGACUUGUCAAGAGAUACCCAGCGCAGAAGAAUGGCCUUUCAUCCUGUUAAAAAGAGACUGCAUGCGGCCGGCAUUAAAUUCUCUCUUUUGUUCCCUGCCAGACUGAGGAUAACAUUUGAGGAAAGGGUGUAUUUCUUCACUAGUGAUGAUGAGACCAGUAAAUGGCUGGAGGAGAGGGGAAUGUAG